AUGAAUGACACAGGGUCAGCAAUCAACCAGUCUGACAUCAGUGGCAUCAUGAGUGCCGGGGCGGCUGGCAUAGUCCUGAUCAACAGGAAAGAUGCUGGCUUCACCACCCUUCUGGAGGAUUAUUGCAGUGAUGUUGUGCAGGUGACCGUGGCUGAUGGCAACGAUAUCAUAGAGUAUGCAAGGGCAACAAGCAAAGCCAGUGCCAAAGUCAUAUACAAGAACACUGUGCUUGGUGUCCGUCCAUCUCCCACUGUCGCGGCAUUCUCAUCCCGCGGUCCCAGCACGUUCAGCCCCGGUGUGCUAAAGCCAGAUAUAUUAGCACCCGGGCUCAACAUCAUUGCUGCAUGGCCACCACUCACCAUUCUUGGAUCUGGGCCAUUCAACAUUAGAUCAGGGACAUCCAUGUCGACUCCACAUGUCAGUGGAAUCGCUGCGCUUGUCAAGAGCUCCCAUCCUGAUUGGUCUGCUGCUGCUAUCAAGUCAGCCAUCCUCACCACAGCUGAUAUCACGGACAGCGCUGGUGGCCCGAUCUUGGACGAGCAGCAUCAGAGGGCAACCGCGUAUGCCAUGGGUGCUGGCCAUGCCAAUCCUAUAAAAGCUAUUGAUCCGGGCCUUGUGUAUGACCUUAGCAUCACUGAAUAUGCUGGCUACAUAUGUGCUCUCCUCGGUGAUCAAGGCUUGGCAACCAUUGCGCGUGACCCGACGCUGUCCUGCAAAAUGCUUCCCAAGAUACCAGAGGCACAGUUGAACUACCCAUCCAUAACAGUGCCACUCAGGUCAAGGCCAUUCACGGUGAACAGAACCGUGACAAAUGUGGGGCCAAUAAAUUCAGUAUACACACUGAAGAUGGAGGUUCCCAAGUCUCUCACAGUGCGAGUCUACCCAGAGACGCUGGUCUUCUCCAAGGUUGGACAAAAGAACACAUUCAGCAUUACUGUGAGCAGGCAUCGCAGUGUCGGGUCAAAGGCCUUGCAGGGAAGUUUGAGCUGGGUGUCCAAAAAACAUGUUGUGCGUAGUCCGAUCGUGGCUUCUCCUCUGUUGUAA